CAACGACCUACAUCGGAUCCAGCAUAGAAACAACUUGGAAGCGUGCAAACCUGCUAGAAAAGGUCCCCAUUAACCGCCUCGGCGUCGCGCAACACAGCCAAGAAAGGGAAGACAAUCGAAUCAUGGUGCAGAGAUCGCUUAUCAACGACGCCCUUCUGUCGUAAUCAAUCCAUCCUUGCGCGCACCAGUCCCAACGCGUUCAGCCUCUCGAGGCGCCCGCCUGCAGCCAUCAGAUUGAUUAAGUUCGGCGUGCGCACAGCCACAGGCUAUUGGUUCGCAUCUCUGGGCGUACCUAGGUUUGCUGCGCCAUGGCGAUGGCGCCCGCCAACAGUGCGCAUAGCGCAGAGCAAGACGUAGCUAUUCAACGCCAAAGGUCCAUAGAUCAAGCCGUCGACGAGGGCCACGAUGCCGACAUUCCCUCCGAUCUCGGAUACGUGCUGUCCGAGACGGCCUCGCGCAUUCGCCGCAGUUCCAAUGCGGCUCCAUCUAUCAAGAAACCCAAACACAGCUCUGUCCCAGGCGUGGACACCCACGAAGGCGACGUCGAAAAGAACACCGGCGGCAGCUCGAGCACCCCCAAUGACGUCGCAACUGCCUCGGAGGAAGAGGAGGAGGAGGGGGAGGACAGCGCCAACAUCGUCUGGUGGGACGACAACGAUCCGCAGAACCCAUACAAUUGGCCUACAUGGCGCAAAGUACUUAACUGCGGGCUAGUUAGCUGCCUGACCUUCCUCACCCCGUUGGCAUCAUCCGUCUUCGCGCCUGGCGUCCCGCAGUUGAUGCGAGAGUUCAAGAGCACUAACACUGAGCUUGCGGCGUUCGUUGUUUCAAUAUACGUACUGGGAUUCGCAUUCGGGCCUCUGCUACUGGCCCCCCUAAGCGAGAUAUAUGGACGCACUAUUCUCUACCACAUCUGCAACCUGGGCUUUAUUGCCUUCGUUAUCGGAUGCGCCCUCGCCCCGACACUCGAGGCUCUGAUCGUCUUCCGGUUCUUCUCGGGCCUUUUCGGCUCCUGCCCCAUCACCAACGGCGGCGGCACCAUUGCAGACAUGAUCCCGCAGGAAAAGAGGGCCGCGGCCAUGUCCGUCUUCACCAUCGGGCCCCUGCUCGGCCCCAUUAUCGGGCCCGUGAUCGGGGGCUUCCUGGCCGACGUGGAGGGGUGGCGCUGGAACUUUUGGCUGCUGGCCAUCCUCGGCGGUUUCAUCGCCAUCUGCAUGAUCCUCGUGCUCAGGGAGACGUAUGCGCCCGUGCUCCUGCAGCGCAAGACCCAGAAGUUGCGCGCCGAGACGGGGAACGCCAACCUUCGAAGCAAGCUGGACAUUGGCCUGAGUCCCCGGGACUACUUCAGCCGAAGCAUCGUUCGCCCUCUGAAGAUGCUGGCGUUCUCACCCGUCUGCCAGAUAUUCUCGAUUUACAUCGCCAUAGUGUACGGAUACCUGUAUCUGAUGUUCACGUCCAUCACCCCGGUCUUUGAGCAGUACUACGGCUUCACCACGUCCAACGUCGGCCUUGUCUUCCUCGGCAUGGGCGUCGGCUCCAUGUUGGGCCUUCUUUACUACAGCCUGACGUCGGACGGAUACAGCAGGAAAAUGGCCGCGGCGGAUGGCCAGGGGAUGAAGCCCGAGUACCGACUGAAACUUCUGCCGUUGGGUGCUCUCAUCCUCCCCGCGGGCUUUUUCUUGUACGGAUGGACGGCCGAAUACCGCGUGCACUGGAUCGUCCCAAUUCUCGGGCAUGUCCUUAUCGGGAUCGCGAACCUGAUCAUCUUUAUGUCCAUGCAGCUGUAUCUCGUUGAUACAUUUUCCAUGUACGCAGCGAGCGCCCUGGCCGCCAACACCGUCGUCCGAUCUGUGGCCGGGGCUGUCCUCCCUUUGGUUGGCAUCAGGAUGUAUAAUGUUCUCGGUCUAGGCUGGGGAAAUUCCCUUUUGGGGUUCAUCGCUUUGGUGAUGGUCCCUGGAGCAUUUGCCCUUCUCCGGUACGGCGAAUACCUCAGGACCAGGUUCCAAGUGAAGAACCUGUAAGACCAGGAACCUACUACUGCCUGCCCGGUCCAUUCCUCUUUUCUUCUCUGUUGGCACAAGCGAUGCUUUUUUCUCCUUUGCACUUUGGGCGACGGACAAAGUUUCACAGUCUGGCUGUCUCAUUCCAUGCAUUCACACAAUGCGGGGCUGCCUGUAGCAUACAUGGCACUGGUUAACCAAAAUGCGUUGUCUACGGAUCUCAAACUGGAGCAUGGGAAGGGUGUUGUUGCUUGUUGUAUUCUGUACAUAUCUUUUCCAAUAACCCCACUUCUCCGUAAUAGCGGAGUAUUUUAUGCAUCUGAGUUUUCUUGCAACA